AUGGACUCACGACUCUAUCCAUCAACUCCCCUCUCUUCUGUUGCCACUAUUUCUCGAUAUCCAUCACCGGAUACCUGCGAAACAGGAACCGACGCCGACUCUGGUCCGUCAUCCGAGCGUUCUGGCAACAUGAGGUCGAGGUUGACAAAGCGCUACCUUCAACGAUUAGCUAGACUCGACACCCGCGACCCCUCCGUUGUAACCACCCGAUUGAAGCUCCUGGACGACAUUGGUCUUGAACGUUUUCAGCGCCUCGGACCCGGAGUGAGAUUUAAAGCCUCAUCUCUGCUUCCGGCAGGCAAAUCGUCCGCCCGUCUAAAGGCAAUCGACUCUCUUCCCUCCCCGGAAAAGGAGCUCGCGAAGAUUGCCUUCCUGGCUCGAACACGAUUUGGACAAGCUCUUCUCCCGCCUGUUUACGACAAGCAGAGAGAGUAUGGUACACUUCUGAGUGCCGUGAACUGGCUCGGCAUUGAUCUCUUUAAGGAGCUAGCCGAGGAGGAGUACGAUCUGGACAACGUGCCAGAUCUGCAAAGACAACAUCCUGACCGCCAAAUCGUGGCUAUCCGCGCCUCCCCUAUUCCGGUUGAGGAGCAGCAGAACGCUGUUGCACAGGUGCUGAAGUCGACAGCCUUGGGGCAACAUGUCUUGGAGUUCGGAUCCAUACCACCGCUCUCCGAGGAGGCGUGGGAGGAAGCGAUUCUGGCGUACAUCGGCGGUCCCGAACGGUUCUUGGAUACGUACAAGCGGCCUGCAUUCGACGUGCAUACCAUUCCUGGGAUCUAUGACCGUCCCUUUGCCGCUCUCGUUGCGCAAGUCCAAAGGCUUGGCCUGUCUAUGAGCGAUGAGGAGAGAGCAUAUGUUGCGCUGCUCUCCUACUCCGUCAUCGGCAAGAAGCUCCUCGACGGCGCCGGACUACCGCAGCCUCCGCAAUCUGUGCGAGGCCGUCCGUUGCGCCCCUCCAAAACCCACCGAACGGGGGCACAGCAGCCGCUGCAAUCGCACGUGGAUCUGCUGAACCACAUCGGCCGCGAGCGCUUCCUCGAGCUUGUCGAGGAGCCAUUGUUCGACCUCGAGUCUAUUCCCGGAUGGGAGACGACAGGUACGGCGGUCCCGAGCCGGCGGCGUCUAAUCGAACAAUCGUCCCUCUCGCCCGCCGAGAAGGAGAGAGCGCUCGUCGCUCUGCUCGCCAUUCGCCCAACGCCAUUCAUCAACGAGCACGAGCUCUACCGCGAGAUCAUUCGCCGCACGCCCCAAUACAAGCGGGGUACAAGCGGACGAGCGAGCGAGUAUUACUUCCCGAAACUCCUCGCUGAGGUGGGCGCCAGUCGCUUCGUAAAGUUGGCCCAGGAGCCGCUGUAUGAUCUCACUGCUAUCCUCACGGCCAAAGAUACGGGCAAGUGGGGACUCAAUCGCAAGUUUGAGCGUGUGCGGAGGUCAAAUCUGAGCGAUGAAGAGAAGGAGAGAGCGUUUGUGAGCAUUUUAGCUAGAAGCCGGGUCGGGAAGAGAUAUCUCCAGGAGGCAGGCAGAGAGAAGACCAAGUCGGGGCCCAGGUCUCUUUCGAAGGCAAGUGCCGGGGCCAGCGUCCAGCCUGAAUCUGCAGGUGUCACCCGAUUCGCUGUCGCGCGGCUGCCCUUCGUCGACUGUGACCGGCGUAUACGAGCCAUGGCUUCUUGCAUCGCUCUGCCACUGCCCGCUAAGCCGAACUUCAUACAAGCCGCAGCACUCGUCGGCUUCUUCGUUCAGGCGACCAUGUCUGGCGUGUAA